AUGGCAAUCUUAAGGAAGACAAUGGAGAUUUUCAACAGCCUCCAAGAUUUGAAAACAUCGUUAGAGUUAAAUGAUUGGGGAAAAAGAAAUAUUCUGAAAAUUGUUCCCUUCAGAAAAAAGAUAUUGAUGUGGAGAAUGAAAAGAUGCAUAAAUAAAUUAGAAAGCUCUCAAUUCUAUCAUAAUUUCCGACAUCAGGUAAACACUCCGACAAUUUCAGGACACUUUUCCAAGUUUCUGGGAUCAGACUCGAAGGCACAAAUGGUAAUUUACGGCAUUGGCAACAUUGAAUUGGAAGAGAUUUCCAGAUUACAGCUCAGUCUUGCAAUGUUGAUGAAAAAAGAUUUUGGGUGGAUCGAACUUGUCGAGGUAUUCGAUCCUGUCAUCUCAAAAACUGAAUCCCAAGUUAUGAAAACUCUUGGUUGUUCUGUCUUAUCGAUAAACGAACACGGGAGGAGGGAAGCUAUGAAACCAACUAUAUUCUUCAUGCCACAUUGUGAAAUACAUUUAUACAACAACCUCAUGGAGACAAAUUGGGAAUUGAGUCUAUUAAGGAAUCUGGUCAUAUUGGGUAACAGCUUUGAAGAAUAUAGGAAGAGGCCACCUUUCAUUGUGAUAUUAGAGAAUAAUCAACCUUUCGCUCCUGUGUAUGGUGACAACUUCAAGAAAUUUUGGAAAGGCAGACCUUAUUUUUCGAUAGCAAUGGAACAUGUUAUGUCUGCUGAAAAAUUUACAAAUGAGUUUAGAAUCGACGACUCAACUUAUUUUGCGGCUUUUGCUUUUUCAAGUUGGCAUUUUUUCAACCCCUGUUCAGAGACAGAGCUAGUAAUUAAUUAUUCUUAUGAUGAUUAG